CGGCUCCGCUCUCGUUCUCCACCUAGGGUUUAAUUGAUAAGCUUGUCGUUAAGAUGCAAAACAUCAUUCCGUCCUUGUCCUAUCGCUCCACAGCCGCGAUCCGACUUUUCCACGGCUGACAUAACCUUCGGGCUUGGAGUCUUGCAAUUCUGUCGUCCCGCGUUAAGCAUCCAAGGAUGCUUCAAUUCACGAUCUCUUUACUCGGUCAAGGCUGCUGUUUCCAGAGAGAUGGAGACAGGAGUGUUGGUAUCUCACGACGCGGCUGUGGAGCAAGAGCAGGACUAGGAUCACUCCUUCACAAGACCGACACCUCGUAUGGACUGUUCCUCUCUGACCACUCGGUCUUGGACAUCACUGAAUCGGAACUUGUCAUCCUACCAGCUAUCCUGUGCCAGGAUUUAAAAGGACCGACUGACUGGCAUCUGAAAAGAUGCUUGAGACUCGGCUUCACGCGCGAAGACGUUGAUGCGGUGCAGAAGGUCAUCGAGAGAAUAGUGACACACGGCGGCGGCAAGCUAUCUCAAAUCGGCUCGGUCUGGGACAUACAGGACGAAUAGGAGGACACAAGACACAAGGAAGAAGCCCUAGCUGCUUGCACAAUGUUAAACGUGUAGAGGCACGGGUUCUGUGGUGUUACGUAUCGGAAGCCGCCUUCAGGCUCGCGGCAAAAAAACCUGAUUCAAGAGCUCAUAGACCUGAGUUAAA